GGACACCACGAAACCAUACUCUGAAACAAUAUCAAGAAAGAUAAGAACUCAGAAGCAAUAUCAAGAAGGAAGAUAAAGAAGAGAUGGAACCGGGAAAAAUGGUGUGCGUGACCGGCGCCAGCGGGUACAUCGGGUCACACGUCGUCCAGAUCCUUCUCCAGCGCGGUUACACCAUCAACGGUACCGUACAGCAACUGGACGAUGAGGCCGAGACGAAGCAUCUCCAGUGCAUGGAUGGUGCUCAGGAUCGUCUCAAGCUUUUCCAGAUGGAUCUCUUGGACUACGAUUCCAUCCUCGCCGCCGUCCAUGGCGUCUCCGGCAUCCUCCACCUCGCCUCCCCUCUCACCAUCGGCGCUAUUCUGGAUCCAGAGAGAGAGCUGAUUGAGCCGGCGGUGAAGGGGACGGUUAAUGUGCUCCGUGCGGCGAAGGAGUGUGGGGUGAAGCGCGUGGUGGUGACCUCGUCGGUCUCAUCCAUGGUUCCGAACCCUGGAUGGCCGGCGGAUGUGGUCAUCGAUGAGGAUUGUUGGCUUGAUCUCGAGUAUUGUAAGCAAAAUGGGAUUUGGUACCCGCUUUCGAAGGCGUUGGCGGAGAAGGCGGCGUGGGAGUUCGCCGGAGAGAACGAGGUGGAUGUGGCCGUCGUCAAUCCGGGGACGGUGUUGGGGCCGAUCAUCCCGCCGGCGAUCAAUGCUAGCAUGGGUAUGGUCCGUCAGCUUCUUCAAGGCUGCCCUGAUCAUUUUACAAACUUUUUCAUUGGAGCUGUACAUGUAAAAGAUGUAGCCAUGGCUCAUAUUUUACUGCAUGAGAAUCCGGCAGGUGCCGGAAGGCAUCUCUGCAUAGAAAGAAUCUGUCAUUGGAGUGACUUUGCAGCAAAAGUUGCAGAGCUGUACCCUGAAUACAAAAUCUCCAGUUUUCCAAAGGAUACACAACCAGGGGUGUUGAGAGCUUCUGAUCCAGCCAAGAAGCUGAUUGCCUUGGGAAUGCACUUCACCCCCAUGGAACAAAUCAUCAAAGAUGCUGUGGAGAGUUUGAAGAGCAAAGGCUACAUUUAAAAGCUUUCAUCUCCAAGUAAUUUGCUGAAUAAGUAAUUGAGUAUAUAGCGCUAUUAUAAGUGUCUUAUUACAUGUUAAAACAUGGCUAUCUAGCGUGUUAUCAGUGCUUUAUAGUAUUGUUAAAACUAUGCUUGUAAAAGUGAAACUCUCUUUGAUUAAUGUUUCCUUAUUAUUUAUUGUGAUGAUUACUAUGUUUCCGA